AUGAGCGAUGAGGAUAAUCUGGUAAAGGCUUCAAUAACAACAACAAGUGAUAUCAUUUUUGCUAACUCUGAAACCAAUGCGCAGAUAUCGGAAGAAAAUGGCGAUGUGCUCGCCAAAGAUCUGGUCAACAAGGAUAUCCACGUAAAGCCAGCCUGGUACUUUGGCACUGGAUUCCUGCUCUUCUGGGUCCUACUCUUCUUUGCAGUGGUCAUACCGCUCUUCUAUCGCUUGCCCACAGCGCUGACCAUCGAGGAUGACAAUAAAGGCGAAUUCAUUGGAGACCGCGCCUAUAACACGCUCAACAAUCUGGUUAACAUUGGACCCAAGGUGGUGGGCAGCACUGCCAAUGAGGUGGAUACUGUGCUUUUUUUGCUCAACGAACUAGUGGAGAUCAGGAAGGUUCUACGCCAAGACUAUUUCACCAUGGAGAUAGACAUUCAGCGUCCCUCGGGCGCACUCAGAUACAGCAACAUGCUCAACAUGUACCAGGGCGUGCAGAAUAUAAUUGUGAAAUUGAGCUCGAAGAACUCGACUAGCGAGUCUUAUCUGCUGGUAAACAGCCAUUUUGAUUCGCAGCCAACUUCCCCGGCAGCAGGUGACGAUGGCUUCAUGGUCGCCACCAUGCUGGAGGUGCUGCGUGUGAUGACCACAACACAGCAACCCUUCGAGCAUCCCGUCGUCUUCCUAUUCAACGGAGCUGAGGAAACUGCAUUGCAGGCAUCCCAUGGUUUUAUUACGCAACACAAAUGGGCACCGAAUUGCAAAGCUGUCGUCAAUUUGGAUUGUGCGGGCAGCGGGGGACGCGACAUUCUGUUUCAAAGCGGACCCUCCCAUCCGUGGCUUGUUGAUUACUACAAGAAGAGUGCCAAGCACCCAUUUGCCACAACCUUGGGUGAGGAAGUGUUUCAGUCGGGCGUGAUUCCAUCGGAUACAGAUUUCGCUGCCUUUGUGCAAUAUGGCCAUAUACCAGGCCUCGAUAUAGCCCAGGUGAUCAAUGGCUAUAUCUAUCACACCAAGUACGAUCGCAUUGAUGUGAUUCCUCGCGGCGCUAUGCAAAAUACGGGUGAUAAUAUUCUCAGCCUAGUGCGCGCUUUGGCGAAUGCAACCGAAUUGCACGACACAGAGGCACAUGAAGAAGGACACGCAGUUUUCUUUGACUUCCUAGGCCUGUUUUUCAUCAGCUACUCGGACCAAACUGGCCAAAUAUUGAACUACUGUGCGGCUGUAACUAUGCUCAUCCUGGUUUUCAUCUCUGUGUGGCGCAUGUCAGCUGUUUCCAGUGUGUCCCUUGCUCACGUUCUAAAGCGCAUUUUGAUACUGCUGGCUCUACAGAUUCUGGCCCUGGUGCUAGGCCUGGCACUGCCUCUGCUAAUCGCCUGUAUCUUCGACAGCUUCGGCUCGUCCUUGACCUACUUCAGCUCGCUAUCGCUUCUGAUCGGUCUUUAUGUCUGCCCUUCGCUUAUCGGAAUGAGUCUGCCCAUCACAAUUUACUAUCAGCUGAACAGGAAGAACAAGUUAUCUUUCCCUCACCACCUGCAACUGGCUUUGCAUAGUUGGGCCGUCGUUCUGGCUCUUUUGGCUAUAGGAUUGACCGCCUAUGGCUUGCGCUCUGUCUAUAUUAUCACAAUUCUGAUUAUCUUCUAUGGCAGUUCCUUGACACUUAAUCUAUUGACGACUUUCCAUGAUCGUGGGUUCAGUUGGACGGGCCUGCUAAUGCUUAGCCAGGUGAUGCCUUUCCUGUACAGCAGCUAUCGCAUCUACCUCUUCCUCGUCGUGGUGAUACCAAUGAGUGGUCGUGCCGGCAGCUCCAUGAAUCCAGAUCUAGUUAUUUCUCUCUUGGCUGCUUUGGGUGCGAUUAUGUCCUUUGGCUUCUUGAUGCCCCUGAUCAACAUGUUCCGUCGUCCCUAUCUAAUCGUGCUUUGCAUACUGACAGUAACUGCGAUUACCGUGAUUCUCGCCACUGGCACUCAAAUCGGUUUUCCAUAUCGCCCCAAGGCGAGCAGUGAGCGGGUGUCCUAUCAGCAUGUGCGCAAAAUCUUUUACGAGUACGAUGGCACCAUUAGCAAGGAUGAGUCCGGUUAUCUGUUUAGUUUCCAAGAUCGACGCGAGGCGGCACCCAUGAAGAUGCGCAUGGCAGGUGCCGAGAACAUGAUAUCUGACUGUGCCAAGCACAUGAUGUGCGGAGUACCAUUAUACGAUGAACGUUGGGUCGACAAUCGCCUGGAGGGUGUAUGGUUGCCUCGGGAGAUACCCAUUGAACCACCAGCUAAAACCGAACUGACGCUUUUAAGUAAAACCAUACUGGAGAGCAAUACAACGGCGCGCUUUGAAUUCAAAUUGGUGGGCCCGGAUCAUAUGAGCCUGUUCAUUCAGCCCUAUGAAGAUGACUUCGUAGCCGUGAGCAACUGGUCCUUUGAGCGCAGUUACCUCGAGGAUCCCCCACCCCAUCCACUGUCAUACCAUAUCUACUUUACAUAUGGCAUAGAUAGCUCACCCUUGGAAUUCUAUCUGGACAUUUCGAAACCCAAUGGGGACUUCAACGUGCCACUAUUCCAAUUGGGCGUAUCGGGUCAUUAUAUAGGAAGCAAAGGAGAUGCACUCAGUCUGGAGUUCGCAGAAUCAUUUCCAGACUAUGCAGUGCUUGUCGAUUGGCCCUCGUCAUAUGAUAGAUACAUUUUCUAG